UCGGCUGCUGCCUAGCCUAGCACUCCUGGUGCAGGCUGGCAGCAGUUCACGUAGGGAGGCAGUGGUGCACAGACAUGGUCAACUGCCACUACAGAUCCCAUUGAGUGCUGAGGUUGUCGGGGACGUUGAAGUAGCAAAUACCAAAGGAAGAGAGAAACGAGGAAAACUCGCCUUUCGUGUGCCUGUGGAUUAAGGCGAUUCUCGGCUGAAAGGGCCCUUCCGGAAACAGAACCCCUGCCGUACUCGUUUGAGUCGUUUCCGUUGCGUCCGCUGGCCUCUGCAUCGGUGAUGGAUCUAUCGUACAAGGAACUGGGAGAAAUCCAUCACAGGAGAGACAAGACACCGGCGCCUGUUACACAAAAGGACCCAGCAAAAAGGGGAGAGCACAUUAUCAAUAAUAACGUCCGUAAGGUUUACAAGGACAUUGUGAACGACUUCCUCGGUGAAAUUCGCUGCGGUAAUCUUGACAGUUUGCAAAGUAAGCUAGCGAAAACAGAUGUCUUGAAAUCAGUCAAGGAGCCUCUUCCAGAACCUAUUGACGAAUUCAUAGAAAAGCUGGUUGUUCACGUUUCAGGUCAGGUCAGCGACGAUAACUGCAUCAUCUACGGUAAGAAAAUUCUCGAACUACGAAAAGCCGUUGUGCAUCACAUGGUCACCUACUAUCAUACUUUGAAUGACGGCGACGGCAGAGACCUGAACCCAGUAGCAAGGAAUGCCCGCGAGAUAAUCAAUCAAUUUGUGGUCGCAGAGCAUUACAUUGAUAAACAAGCUCUGGACAUGUGGAAACGCAGCCAGCAGCAGGAAAACCAGUAUGAAGAAGCCAAGAAGGAGGUCAGGAAUAUGUUUCUGAAUCUUGAGGAUUUCUCAGGUGCAGGCCUUGUCACUAGCUGGGUCAGGGAAAUUCAUAGUGUUAUUAAUAGUGGGCAUUAAAUAUAUAUAUAUAUAUAUCUAUAUAUAUAUAUAUAUAUAUAUAUAUAUAUAU